GCCUUUCUCAAGCAUAUAUAAGCAUAUGUUCCAAACUGUGAGGAUAGACCUACAGCUUUGAUCUUUAUUGCAUUGACAGCUUUAUCCGGUACCAGUUGAGAAGAGCUAUCAAGGGUUCGUCUUCAUCCUACGCAUGUAUACACAACCUCACCUGGUCUGCAGAUCCUCCAUCCCCUCGCCCCAUCUUCUGAGCCUGAAUCUACGAUCCGGAAUACCCCUCCCAAUCACCACCACCACAGCACCGGUCGUCAUCACCACCAGCUUCGGCCCAGCAGCAGCAGCAGCAGCAGCAGCAGCAGUCAUGUCUCAACAACAACCCCCAAACAAGAUCAACCUCGACACCUCCUCCUCGUCGGUAGGCGCACCAGGCCCCAUCUCACCACAGCUAGAGAAGGACGCUGCCCGCGCCAUGUCGUCGACCUCGUCCUGGAAGCCGACUUACGAGCGCAAGCAGAGCUACCACAAGGAGGACCAGAAGCACGAGUUGCAGAUGAAGAUGUCUGGGCUGGCGGACUCGGGGAGCGGAGGUAAGCCGGCUGCUGGGUUCAGCCAGGGCGGUGGGAACUGAAGAGUGAGGAGAGAAAACGAUCAAGCAGCGGCGGAAAAGGGGA